AUGACUGCCAGCGAUCAUGAUAUUUCCAGCCCGACCAGCUCAGUCGGUGCAGAGCCUCGCGCACCAGCGCCAGAAGCAGGGUCGAAGCCACAACCAAUUCAAGAUUCGAAGCCAGCACACAAACCAAAGCACAAUAAGCAGCAAAAACUGCCUACCGAAGAGAAAAAAUCUAAACACAGGCCUGUCCAGUCCUUCGAGCACGUUUUCUCAGAGUCCAAACAAAAGCUCCCACCAACGCCAUCACUUCCCGAACUGAAUCUGACGACUUACCCGCGCGAGCUCGCCCAUAAGACAUACGCCCAACGCUACGCUGCCUCCUUCGGCGAUGCCAGCGACUUUAGCGACACGGAAGAUCCGUGUGCUGAUGGCGUGCCGUCAACUGAAAAUGCGAAAGUGCUUGAGUUCCAUCCAGCUGCCCAGCGCCAACCAGCCAUGCGCGUUGGUGCUGCGCGAUUGAGCGAAAUGAUGAUGUAUGGCCGGCGGUCAAACCAAACGCAGCCUGUUGCUGUUGAAGCAUUGGCAGUUGAAGCGGCUGCAGAGGAUGCCAAGAAAAAAGAAGCUGCAGUGAAACGCCGUAAUCGACGCAAGCAUAACAGAGACUCGCAACCUGCCGAUGGCUAGAACUGACUGAUUCAACGUCAGCGGC